AUUAAACCAUGAAUUAAACAUGUUAUUUUGUCCUUAUGUCGUGGUGCAUAAAUAUGAUAACAAACCACUUUUUUAUAGGUGUGCAUGUAGCUUGUGUCGUACUCAACUGCUGACAGAUGCCAUUGAAUACCGUUGUUGUCAAGAGGUUGGGCCUACUUUACAUAAACUGGUAUUCGAUGGUAGCAUUGAAAAAAUUAGCUGUGUUACUCUUCACGAAGAAUACACGAUUAUGACACAUGCUACAGUCUUGAAGAAUGUUGGCUCACUUCUAAGAGACCAAGAUGGAAGGUCAUACAAGGGUCGUAGAAUACAUGAAAAUGAAUACUUGAGAGCAGUUGCAUACCGUUGGGUCAUUCGAUGGCUGUGUGGAUGCCUUGGUUGGGAAAAUUCUAGACCAUUACCUGCAUGUAUCUACACAGACAUCCGAAAACAAUUUCCAUUACGAAAUCCCCUAGGCCAAGAACAUGCUGGCUACAAGUCAGCACAGGAAAGAAACUGA